GGGGGAGGCGCGCGCGAGGAGCCGGCGACGGCCGACGGGCUGGAGGACCUGACGCGCCGCGGCGCUCGCGCUGUCGCCUCCUAGGAAGGGCUGCGGCCCUUCCACCGCCGCCGCCCGAUGGCGAGGCUGCGGGAUUGCCUGCCCCGCCUGAUGGUCACCCUCCGGUCCCUGCUCUUCUGGUCCCUGGUCUACUGCUACUGCGGGCUCUGCGCCUCCAUCCACCUGCUCAAACUUUUGUGGAGCAUCGGCAAGGGACCCGCGCAGACUUUCCGGCGCGUCGCCCGGGAACACCCUCCCGCGUGCUUGAACGACCCCUCUUUGGGUACCCACUGCUACGUGAGGAUCAAGGAUUCAGGGUUAAGAUUUCACUACGUUGCUGCUGGAGAAAGAGGCAAACCACUUAUGCUGCUGCUUCAUGGAUUUCCAGAAUUCUGGUACUCUUGGCGUCACCAACUGAGAGAAUUUAAAAGUGAAUAUCGAGUUGUAGCGCUGGAUUUAAGAGGCUGUGGAGAAACAGAUGCUCCCAUCCAUCAAGAAAAUUAUACAUUGGACUGUCUAAUUACAGAUAUAAAGGAUAUUUUAGACUCCUUAGGAUAUAGCAAAUGUGUUCUGAUUGGCCAUGACUGGGGGGGCAUGAUUGCUUGGCUAAUUGCCAUCUGUUAUCCUGAAAUGGUGAUGAAGCUUAUUGUUAUUAACUUCCCUCAUCCAAAUGUAUUUACAGAAUAUAUUUUACGACAUCCUGCUCAGCUGUUCAAAUCCAGCUAUUACUACUUCUUCCAAAUACCAUGGUUCCCAGAAUUCAUGUUCUCAAUAAAUGAUUUCAAGGCUUUGAAACAUCUGUUUACCAGUCACAGUACUGGCAUUGGAAGAAAAGGAUGUCAAUUAACAACAGAAGACCUUGAAGCUUAUAUUUAUGUCUUUUCUCAGCCUGGAGCAUUAAGUGGUCCAAUAAACCAUUACCGAAAUAUCUUCAGGUCAGUAUAAUUUCUUU